AUGGCAAUGAGUGCCCAGGGCAAGAAGAAGCGCCAGUACGGCAACGAGGCCGUCAAGUCCCACAUUCUCGCCGCCCGUACCGUUGCCAACAUCGUCAAGACCUCAUUAGGCCCCCGUGGCCUCGACAAGAUCCUCAUUUCCCCCGACGGCGAUAUCACAGUAACAAACGAUGGCGCCACCAUUCUGCAGCAGAUGGAGGUUACGAACCACGUCGCGAAGUUGUUGGUAGAGCUCUCUAAGUCACAAGACGACGAAAUCGGUGACGGGACAACGGGUGUGGUUGUUUUGGCCGGUGCUCUCUUGGAACAGGCGGCCGAGCUCAUCGAUAAGGGGAUCCACCCCAUCCGAAUUGCCGACGGGUACGACCAGGCCUGCGACAUCGCCGUGGCGGAGCUCGACAAAAUUUCCGACGUGAUCGAGUUUAGCAAGGAGAAGACGGAGAACCUAGUGAAGGUAGCAAGGACAAGCCUGGGGAGCAAGAUCGUCUCGAAGGCCCAUGACCAGUUCGCCAACAUUGCUGUGGAUGCCGUCCUCUCCGUUGCCGACUUGGAGCGCAAGGAUGUCGACUUUGAGUUGAUCAAGGUGGAUGGUAAGAUGGGCGGUGCUCUCGAGGAUUCCAUCCUUGUAAAGGGCGUGAUUAUCGACAAGGACUUCUCACACCCUCAGAUGCCCUCCGAGGUGCGGGACGCCAAGAUCGCCAUCCUAACGUGCGCCUUCGAGCCGCCCAAGCCCAAGACGAAGCACAAGCUCGAGAUCAACAGCGUGGAGGAGUUUAAGAAGCUGCAAACCUACGAGCGUGAGAAGUUCAUCGAGAUGAUCCAGCAAAUAAAGGAUGCCGGUGCGAACCUGGCCAUCUGCCAGUGGGGUUUCGAUGACGAAGCCAACCAUCUUCUUCUCCAGAACGAUCUUCCCGCGGUAAGGUGGGUGGGCGGCCCGGAGAUCGAACUCAUCGCAAUUGCGACCAACGGCCGGAUUGUUCCUCGGUUCGAGGACCUAAAAUCCGAGAAACUUGGAACGGCGGGUAUCGUCCGAGAGAUGACCUUUGGGACAACAAGAGAGAAGAUGCUGGUCAUCGAGGAGUGUGCCAACACGCGGGCCGUCACCGUCUUUGUUAGGGGGAGCAACAAGAUGAUUAUCGACGAGGCUAAGCGCUCCCUCCACGACGCCCUUUGCGUGGUCCGCAACCUGGUCCGCGACAACCGCGUCGUUUACGGCGGCGGCUCAGCCGAGAUUGCCUGCAGUCUGGCAGUCGAGGACGCUGCCGUCAAGACUCCUGGUCUGGAGCAAUACGCGAUGCGUGCGUUUUCCGAGGCUCUCGACUCUAUUCCCAUGGCCCUAGCCGAGAACAGCGGUCUGAACCCGAUCGCCACCCUUGCCGAGGUCAAGAGCCAACAGGUCAACGACGCCGCCGGCCGCGGCCGUCUGGGUGUUGACUGCAUGAGCCGCGGGUCCAACAACAUGAAGGAGGCGUUUGUGAUUGACCCGCUGAUCGGCAAGAAGCAGCAGCUCAUGUUGGCUACCCAGCUCUGCCGUAUGGUGCUCAAGGUGAAUAAUGUUAUUAUCUCUGGGUCAGGCGAGGACGACUUCUAG